CCGCGGGGCUCACACCGCGCGCAGACACUCUCCAAACAAUGCUCCGAGGCGCCCGGCCAGGCAGGAGACGGCUCGGCCCCCGACGGCGAGGUCGGAGCAGCACAGCUCCGAGGAGGUCACUCUGGGAUCCACCUCUGCAUCCCACAAGAUCACGCAAGAGAGCUGGGCACAAGAUGAGCCAGCACACCAUCAGCUCAGGUUGCUCCAGACCAUCUGACUGAACCCAGAGAACCCCAAAAUGUCUGCGUGCAGUGAUUUUGUGGAGCACAUCUGGAAGCCCGGGUCCUGCAAGAACUGCUUCUGCCUGCGGAGCGACCACCAGCUGCCAGCCAGCCGUCCCCAGCCCAGAGCAGGCAGUCUGCCCCCUCCCCCUCGCCUGCCCCCUAGGCCUGAGAACUGCCGUCUAGAAGAUGACAGCUCACCCUACUCCAAGCCCACCAUCGCUGUGAAGCCCACCAUGAUGAGCUCCGAGGCCUCCGAUGUGUGGACAGAGGCCAGUCUGAGCACCGAAGUCCAACAGGUCAUCUGGAGAAGAACCCCCAGCAAGUUACCCCUCCCGAAGCAGGAUGACGUGCCCAUGGUUUACCUGGGCAGCUUCCGAGGCGUGCAGAAGCCUCCUGGUCCCCCUGCCUGUGCAGAUGGCAGCUCCCGCUGCCCCCCUGCCUAUUCCAUGGUGGGCCUGCACAGCCUGGAGGGCCACGGGGAAAGAAGCAUCACCUUCCACCCAGUGAGUUUCCCAGAGGAGAAGGCUGGGCGGGAAGAGAAACCCUCAUUUCCCCCCCAAGAGCUGCCCUCUGCUCAGGAGAGCUUUCGCCAGAAACUGGCUGCUUUUGCUGAGAUGACAUCUAGCUGUCCCAAGGGCACCAGGUCCUGCCAGUCUCCACAGCCCCUGCCGGAGUCCCUGCCCUCAGAGGAUGACAGUGAUCAAAAGUGCUCACCCUCGGGGGACAGUGAAGGUGGAGAAUACUGCUCUAUCCUGGACUGUUGCCCAGGGAGUCCCAUUGCCAAGGACACCACACGUGCUGAGGAUUCCCAGGGCAGACAUGGUGGAGGGGACUGCUCACCCACGUGCUGGGAGCAGGGGAUAUGUUCCCGAUCUGCAGAAGAGAAGCGGGUUCUAAGCUUCCCCAGGGAAUGUUGUGGUCAGGGCCCGACAGCAAACCCACCCCAUCUGGGCCCUAAGAAACUGGCACUUACUUCAGAGGCUGCCAGUUCUUCUGAUGGCCUAUCCUGUGGCAGCAGCAGUGGCACCAGCAGCCCCUUCAAACCCAACCUUGAGAGCGAUUACUGUUCUCUCAUGAAGGAACCUGCCCCGGGCAAGCAACAGGACUCUGGCUCCCACAUGAUGAUCUCUAGCAAAAGCCUGGGGCUGGCUAAAGAACCCCAGGCCCCAGCCCAGCCCAGGGAGGCAGUGCAGCCUGAACCCAUCUAUGCUGAGAGCACCAAAAGGAAGAAGGCUGUUCCAGUGCCUUCCAGGCCACAAGCUAAGGCAGAAUCUGCAGCGGUUCCUCAGAGCCAAGGCCAGGGCCAAAGCCAAGUAUGUGCAGGUGAUACCUGGGCUCAGAAAAUAUCAUCUGGCCGGGGUCGGGACCAUGAAGGCCCAGACAUGGCUCCCCAGGUGGCGGCCACCAUUACAGUCAUGGCAGCCCACCCAGAAGAGGACCACAGGACCAUCUACCUGAGCAGCCCUGACUCUGCAAUAGGGGUGCAGUGGCCCCGUGGGCCUGUGACCCAGGACUUGGAGACUGGUGGGGAGGAGACUUCAUCCCGACAGGGGCUGAGCUCCAGAGAAAACCAUCCUCUUGACCUGACUGAGAACACGCCCAAGGGGAGGCCUGCCAUUCCCCCCAAGCUGUCCAAAAGUAGCCCUGGCGGGUCACCAGCAUCACCAUCUGCCUCCCCACUGGCUGACCUCAGUGAUGGGAGCUCAAAUGGCAGUGGCAUUGGGACCCAGCCUUCUUCCAGAGGCCCUGCUGACCCCACUUCGUCCUGCUGGAUCAGUAGUGUUACAGCCAAUGACCCCAUUAGAUGUCCCCCACCUGCUGCCUCUUCGGCAGCCUUGGACCAGAGGAGGCCCAAGUACCAGACUGGUGCCUGGAGUCGUCAGUGCCGGAUAGAGGAAGAAGAAGAGGUGGAGCAGGAAUUGUUGAGUCAAAGUUGGGGAAGAGAGACAGAAAAUGGCACAGAGGACCAUUCCAACUCCUCCACGUGGCAUCGUCUCCACUCCAGUGAUGGCUCCUCUGGACAGAGUAGCAAAACUGGAACUGGGAUGAGCAAAUCAGCCUCUUUUGCCUUUGAGUUCCCCAAGGACAGAAGUAGGAUGGAGGCAUUCUCACCUCCUCCCCCACCUCCAAAGUCAAGGCACCUUUUAAAAAUGAACAAGAGCAGCUCUGAUUUGGAAAAGGUGAGCCAGGGCUCUGCAGAAAGCCAGCCAUCCUUCAGGGGUGUCCACGUCAGCUUCACCACUGGUUCCACGGACAGCCUGGCCUCGGACUCCAGGACAUGCAGCGAUGGAGGUCCAUCCUAUGAGGCAGCCCACUCACCCACCAUCAACAGGAAGAAGUUCUUUGCCCCUGUCCCAUUUCCUUCGGGCUCCACUGAAGAUGUGUACCCCAGUGGCCCUGCACAGCCCCCUCCCCUUCCCCAGAAGAAGUUAGUGAGCCGGGCAGCCUCUUCACCUGAUGGCUUCUUCUGGACUCAAGGCUCCCCCAAGCCACGAACCACAAGCCCCAAGCUGAACCUAAGCCACUCAGAAACCAAUGUCUGUGUCCAUGACGAGUCUCCCUUUAGCUAUUCCUUGAGCUCUGGGAACCACCCCCACCAUGUCUUCUCCUCUUCUGAGCCUCUGGAAAAAACUUUCAAAGGCAAUGGCCACUGGGUCCCAGCCCCAGGACUGGCAGGCAGCAAAAGUGGCUGCAGGAGCCCCAACUUCCAAUGCAAAAUGGCUUCAGCCACUUCGUCCUCCCAGCUGAGCGUGGCCAGCCAGGCUUCCUCAGGCAGCACCCAGCUUCAGCUACACAGCCUCCUAAACAGCAUCAGCAGUAAGGAGGGCACCUAUGCCAAGCUAGGGGGCCUCUACACACAGUCCCUGGCCCGCCUGGUAGCCAAGUGUGAGGACCUUUUCAUGGGUGGCCAGAAAAAGGAGCUGCACUUCAACGAGAACAACUGGUCGCUCUUCAAACUGACUUGUAACAAACCCUGCUGUGACUCCGGAGAUGCCAUUUAUUACUGUGCCACCUGCUCUGAGGACCCUGGCAGCACCUAUGCUGUGAAAAUUUGCAAAACCCCUGAGCCCAAAACAGCUUCAUACUGCAGCCCCUCUGUGCCUGUGCAUUUCAAUAUCCAGCAGGACUGUGGCCACUUUGUGGCCUCUGUGCCCUCCAGCAUGCUGACCUCCCCUGACCCCUCCAAGGAUCUUCUGCCUGUUCCUCCCUCACAACCCCCUGCCCAGGAGCAAGACUGCGUUGUGGUCAUCACCCGAGAGGUGCCCCACCAGACGGCCUCCGACUUUGUGCGGGACUCAGCCGCUAGCCAUCAGGCUGAGCCUGAGGUUUACGAGAGGCGCGUGUGCUUCCUGCUUCUGCAACUGUGCAAUGGGCUGGAGCAUCUGAAGGAGCAUGGGAUCAUCCAUCGGGACCUGUGCCUGGAGAACUUGUUGCUGGUGCACUGUAGCCCUCAGAGCUCCCCAAGACCCUCCUCUGCUGCCCCCACCCCUCCCAUUGUCACACUCCCUAACUCCUCUGCCACCAACGUCACUCCCAGUGCUACAGCUGCCCCUGCCUGUCAGACCGUGCCCGGUAAGAAAGAGUUACCCAGGCUUAUCAUCAGCAACUUCCUGAAGGCCAAGCAGAAACCGGGUGGCACCACCAACCUACAGCAGAAGAAGAGCCAGGCCCGGCUGGCCCCUGAGAUUGUGUCUGCCUCCCAGUACCGCAAGUUCGAUGAGUUCCAGACUGGCAUCCUCAUCUAUGAGCUACUGCACCAGCCCAACCCAUUUGAGGUGCGGGCCCAGCUGCGGGAGCAGGACUACCGGCGGGAGGACCUACCCCCGCUACCCACCCUGUCCCUCUACUCGCCCGGCCUGCAGCAGCUGGCCCAUCUGCUGCUCCAGGCAGACCCCAUCAAGCGCAUCCGCAUAGGCGAGGCCAAGCGCGUGCUGCAGUGCUUGCUGUGGGGACCCCGGCGGGAGCUGGUGGAGCAGCCAGGGACCUCGGAGGAGGCGCUGUGUAGCACGCUGCACAACUGGAUCGACAUGAAGCGGGCCCUGAUGAUGAUGAAGUUUGCGGAGAAGGCGGUGGACCGCAGAAGGGGAGUGGAGCUGGAGGACUGGCUUUGCUGCCAGUACCUGGCGUCCGCAGAGCCGGGAGCCCUCUUACAGUCCCUGAAGCUCCUGCAGCUUCUCUGAGGGAAGCCCCUGAGCCUGCACUUUGGCAGCUUCCCCAUCCCCUUGCCUUGCCUUGGAAACAUCAUUGUCUCCCUGGGAAAUGGUUCUGUCAUGUUUGAAUAUAAUAUAUAUCUAUAUAUAAUAUAUAAAUAUGAAAGACUAAGGAUGCCAUUGCCCAUUAUGGC